GAUAACAACAUGUUUGCUUGAGACAGCGCAAGCUAGCAGUAAGCUAAAGCUAAUAUUUACAUUAUAGCGAUGACGCUUCUCUCAGACCAAUCAGUGACCUACAGUGUUUUCGCGUCACGUUUAGUAUCAGCUCGGGUCGCUUGGAACCCCAACCGAGGUGGUACGAAAAAAAGUAUCGGGUACUACGUACUGCACCCAAUGGAAAAGCUCCCAAAAGUAAGCUGACCCGACCCAAACUAAACUAAACCGUGGGGUACUAUGCAAUGGAAAAGCGCCAUAAGUGACCUUGCUGAUUCCGGAGCAGUUGUAGCACUGUUGCUAGGCAACGCGCUGAUGAUGGAGUACCGUUACGACGGCUGUAAGCUAGUGAAUCCAGCAAUGACUGCCCGCUGCUAACCAGAGAGACUUAUUCUUAUAACACAUUUUACAAGAAGCACUGUCCAGAAAACAGCCGAUGAAAACAUUCAGCAGUCGACUGGAAGCUUUCAAACCUCGCACACACCAAUGAACAGAGUUUGUCCUACGAAAUCCGCAUGAAAAUGAUGUAGCAAGCUAACUUUAGCCAACUGCCUCGCGCGCUACUCAACAUGGACUGUGACGGGUGUGAAGUGUCUUGUCCCCUGCCUAGUUUGGAUUCGGAUGCUAAAGAGCCAGGGCUUCACUCCUUCAGUCACAUACACAUGAGAAAGGCCUUUCGGCUUAUGAAUGAUUUGAGAAGCCGGAGGAUGCUUUGUGAUGUUCUGCUGGUGGCGGGUGAAGUGGAAAUACCAGCACACAGAGUCGUUUUAGCAUCCUGCAGUCCUUACUUCUGCGCUAUGUUCACAGGUGACAUGAGUGAAAGCAAAGCUCAUCAUGUCGAGAUCAGGGAUGUUGAUGGACAGACGUUCCUGAAGCUUGUGGAUUAUAUUUACACUGCGGAAAUCGAAGUGUCUGAAGAUAACGUUCAGGUUCUGCUCCCCGCUGCCAGUCUGCUGCAAUUGAUGGAUGUUCGGCAGGUUUGCUGUGACUUCCUGCAGGCUCAGCUCCAUCCCACCAACUGCCUGGGCAUCCGAGCAUUCGCCGACCUUCACGCCUGCACAGGACUGCUCAGCCUGGCCCAUGCUUAUGCCGAGCAGCACUUUACAGAUGUCAUGCUCGGUGAGGAGUUCAUGGCUCUUUCCUUGCAGCAGGUGUGCAGUCUCAUCUCCAGUGACAAACUGACUGUGUCUUCUGAGGAGAAGGUUUUUGAGGCUAUGAUUGCGUGGAUAAAGCACGAUAAAGAGGCCCGUUUGGAGCACAUGCCAAAACUAAUGGAACGCGUUCGACUGCCACUGCUAUCCAGAGAUUACCUGGUUCAGAUCGUGGAAGAGGAACCCUUAAUUAAAAACAACAACACAUGUAAGGACUUUCUCAUCGAAGCAAUGAAGUACCACCUUUUACCUGCAGAUCAGAGGCACCUUAUAAAGACCGACAGAACCCGACCACGCACGCCAGUCAGUCUGCCGAAGGUGAUGAUGGUGGUGGGAGGUCAGGCUCCAAAAGCCAUCCGCAGCGUGGAGUGCUAUGACUUCCAGGAGGACCGCUGGUACCAGGUGGCAGACUUACCCUCCAGACGCUGUCGAGCAGGUGUGGUUUAUAUGGCCGGUAAGGUGUAUGCAGUGGGAGGGUUUAACGGCUCUUUGCGUGUUCGGACGGUGGACGUGUACGAUGGGCUGAGGGAUCAAUGGAGCUCUCUACCCAGCAUGCAGGAACGCCGCAGCACUUUAGGUGCAGCUGUACUGGGGGAUCUGCUGUAUGCCGUCGGGGGCUUUGAUGGAAGUACAGGCCUGUCGUCGGUGGAGGCUUAUAGCCCCAAAACUAAUGAGUGGAUGUUCGUGGCUUCCAUGAACACAAGGCGCAGCAGUGUAGGGGUGGGCGUAGUCGAUGGGAAGCUGUAUGCUGUCGGAGGUUAUGAUGGAGCGUCCCGUCAGUGUCUGAGUACUGUGGAGGAGUAUAACCCGGUCACUAAUAAGUGGAGCUUUGUGGCGGACAUGAGCACCAGACGCAGCGGAGCAGGGGUCGGGGUGCUCAGUGGUCAGCUGUACGCUGCAGGUGGGCACGACGGUCCGCUGGUGAGGAAGAGCGUGGAGGUCUAUGACCCAGCUUCUAACACCUGGAGGCAGGUGUGUGACAUGAACAUGUGCCGGAGGAACGCAGGCGUGUGUGCUAUUAACGGGUUACUGUAUGUUAUCGGAGGAGAUGAUGGGUCGUGUAACCUGUCCUCUGUUGAGUACUACGACCCUGCUGCUGAUAAAUGGAGCCUUAUCCCAACCAACAUGAGCAACGGUCGAAGCUAUGCAGGGGUGUCUGUUAUAGACAAGCAAUUAUGACUAAAAGUCCUGGGCAGUGAGUCUUCGCACACCUGUCCAGGGAUCAGCUGUGAUAGACAAACUGUGAUCUGAAGCAGAAACCUGACGCUGAAAUGUCUCAGAAGAACCUCGCCGUCUGCUGGAUCCUCGUGAACUCGCGCGUACAGAGACCUGAUCUCUCCCAAGUCUCCAGAAUGUGCCAUUUAGCUCUGUUAUUUUUAACGGAGGCCACACGGCUCCUGCAUAUGAUGAGUGUUGAACAAGCCCUCAUUUAAAGUGACCAGGUUGGACUAAAUGACCGGACAAAGAACAUGUGAGUGCCGUGAGAAACUAAAUGGGGGCAGGUACAGAUUGUGCCAACGGAGAUCUGCCUGCCUGCUUUACUACUGAAUUACCUACGCAAAAACACUCACAUAAGCAGAUUUAUUAUGAUGUCCCAGCAUUUUUACAGAUUAACGCUAAUCGCACACCUUUAACUGGAUUCUGGAUCAGGGUCUUUUGCUCUGACCGUAUAUCACAGACUUGUGUUUUUAUUUUGUUACAGGGAUACUUGUUUUAUGUUUAAGUGUAUAGGAACAAACAUGAACACUAGUUUGAAAAUAAUUUUAUUUAGCUGCUUUGUGCCAUAUUGUAUGUAAUAUUAAGGAUGUUGAAAUUCCAUAUAAAUCUCGCAGGGUAAUUGCCAAAUGUAACACAUAAUUAUAUAAAUAACACUAUGUUAUAUGUAUAUAUGCACUUUUAUGACGCAGUUUAGGUGUGUAGUCGUCCAUGUUGGACACACAGACCGUAAACAUCUUUUUCCAUUACAACUCUGUCUAUAAAUGCAUUUUCCCUGAAAUUGCACUGGCUUGGGAAUCUCUGCCAAGCGUAACAGAAUCUUAAAGCAACACUAUGUAGUUUCCAUGUAAAAAUGACUUACAGCUCCCCCAUGUGGUUGAAAAGCGCAACAGUGCCUGGUAUCAGACACUCUUCUGCAGGCAGGGGGAGGGUCGGGGCUGUGUUUCCUACCCUCCACCGCCACUUUCAGAGUGUGCUUGUAGCAGCUAGGAGGCUGCUCAGGUUGCAGUAACAGUACAAUUUGUCCAGUUAAAAGUUGUUCUAUCACUGAAAUAAUUUUAGAGACAUUAUUUAAAGGUAAAAAAACUACAUAGUGUUGCUUUAAGUAACUUUUUGCACUGAACAUCAUCUUUAUACAGCAGAGCUGGUACUAUUUCAAUUGCAGGUAAGCAAGCAACCUGGCACAGGUUCAUAUUUUUAAAGCACAAUUAAUUUAAAGCACAUUCUGUAUCAUGAAUAUAGGCUGAGUAUUUGAAUCUAUGAACAGAACUGGAAAUUAAAGACUUUAAAUAAUGCUAA